AUGCCUAAGGCCACAUCCACUGCGAAACCUGCUGAUAACCUGUUGAAGCGCAAGGGCGCUGGAACUGGAACAAAACAAUCGAAGAAAGCUGCGAAGGAUCCAAACAAGCCUAAGAGGCCUCCAAGUGCUUUCUUCGUUUUCAUGGCUGAGUUCAGAGAGACUUUCAAAAAGGAAAAUCCUAACAACAAAUCCGUUGCUGUGGUUGGUAAGGCUGGAGGAAAAGAGUGGAAAGCACUGUCUGCUGCUGAAAAGGCUCCUUAUGUUGCUACUGCAGAGAAGAAGAAAGAGGAAUAUGAGAAGGCUAUCCGUUCCUACAACAUUUCAUUGGCUGAAGGAAAAGCUCCAUCUGAAGAAGAGGGAUCUGACAAGUCCAAGUCUGAAGUUAAUGAUGAGGACGAUGAUGAUGAAGAAUCUGACGAUUAA